AAGAAAACACAAUAAAGUUCUCACAAGAAUUUCAGCCCCAACUGCUUGCAAAUCCCUAAGAUCUCCCUAAUUUCGCACAUCACGUAAAUCAACCAAGGAGAUGUUGACAAUCCAUCCACUACCACCAAAAAUCCUAAAAAUUCCUUCUCUUCUUUGAUUAUGCCUUCUUAAAUCACAUCUAACUUUGUGAAAAUCUUGCAAUCCCACAUUCUUUUUUACAAGUUUCCAAUGGAAAUUCAGUUCCAGCAGCAGAAUUCAAGCAUUCCUGUUAGUAAAGGAACCAAAUUCAAAGCAAGAAGCAAGACUAAAAGCAGCAAGUUUGUUGGGGUGAGGCAAAGGCCUUCUGGGAGAUGGGUAGCUGAGAUCAAAGACACAACUCAGAAGAUUAGGAUGUGGCUUGGCACCUUUGAGACUGCUGAGGAGGCUGCUCGAGCCUAUGAUGAAGCUGCUUGCCUUCUCCGUGGAUCCAACACCCGAACCAACUUCAUUACUCAAGUUUCCUUGGAUUCUCCUCUUGCUUCCCGGAUAAGGGAUCUCCUCAACAGCAAGAAAAGAGGUAAAAAACAAGGUGGUGAAGCAUCAAGCCCCAAAAGCAGCAGCACUUCUAGUAGUUCUAGCUGCAUCACCUCUGAUGGCGGUAGCAGAGAGAAUUCUCUUGUUCCAGACACCCAGUUGUUUGAUGAUGCAUAUAAACCAGAUAUGAGCAACUGCACUGAGGAGGUAGAGAUGGGAUCUUCUCCAUCUGGUCUUUCUGAAUCUGGAUUUGACAGGUUUCUUUUCUCCCAAGACAUUGUGGAUUUGCCAAGGAGUGUCCUUUUAUCUGGAACCAAUAAUGUCCCCGAGUUUACAGAAUUUGAGACGAUGAAGGUGGAGAGGUCAAUAUCAGCUUCCCUAUAUGCAAUGAAUGGGGUGCAGGAAUACAUAGAAACUGUCCAUGAUCCUUCUGAAGCCUUAUGGGAUCUUCCCCCUAUAUGUUCAUUGUUGUGCUAAGUGCUUAAAUUUUGAUAUUCAAUCUAAAAUUUGUUUCUGUUUCUUCUUUAAAAGUCAGGAGAUGAUGUAGGAUUUGUUGCAAGGUUUAUAAUAACAAAAGCAGCUAUCA